CCCUCCGGUCUGUCUGUGGGACACCUGCCAGUCGGGCUUCCAUGUCCAGCAAGUGGCCUGGGGUCAGAAGCAGCCCCUUCUGCCAUGCAGCCCGGGGCAGUGUGUCCCAGGAUGAGGCGGCAGAGAGGUCCCCGUGGUCAUGGCACCUCUGUCCGCUCUCUCGGAAAUUAACUUCCUGCUGUCAAAAUCGAAACUGAAAGGUGACAACAACAACCAGGCCGCCUGCCGCGCCUGCCGUCAGGCAGCCCAACCCUGACCUGUCCUGGUUACACAAAACCUAAGGUUUCUGGGAUGUUGCGUUUGAGAUCGAAAAGGAGAAGCUGAGACGGGGCUGAGUCAGGAUCGGAUGCCGUGGAUGAGACGCAAAAAGGAAAUCGAGCCCACUGCCCUUAACAGCAAAGGGAAUACAGAAACCAUCUUCCUGGACCCGUGGGAGAAGCCAGAAUGGAAAACACCACGCUCCCAAUGGACUAUGAUGGGGCCAUAGAAUAUGACUAUGGGGGUGCAACCCCAUGCAAUAAAGAGGACGUGAGGGCUUUGGGGGCUCAGCUGCUGCCCCCAUUGUACUCCCUGGUGUUUGUCGUUGGCCUGGUCGGCAACAUCCUGGUGGUCCUGGUCCUCAUGCAGUACAAGAGGCUCAAGAGCAGGACCAGCGUCUACCUCCUGAACCUGGCCUUCUCUGACCUGCUCUUCCUCUUCACGCUGCCCUUCUGGAUUGACUACAGCCUGAAGGAUACCUGGGUGUUUGGCAACGGGAUGUGCAAGUUGCUGUCGGGGUUUUAUUAUGUAGGCCUGUACAGCGAGAUCUUUUUCAUCAUCCUGCUGACCAUCGACAGGUACCUGGCCCUCGUCCACCGCAUGUUUGUGCUGCGGACCCAGACCGUCACCUUUGGCGUCAUCACCAGCAGCAUCGUCUGGGCCCUGGCCUUCCUGCCUGCCAUCCCGGGCUUUUACUUUUCUAAGACGCAGGAGGAGUUCACUGGUUGCACCUGCAGCCUUCACUUCCCUCAAGAACACCUGCAGCAGUGGAGGCAGUUCCAGGCUCUGAAGCUGAACAUCGUGGGGCUGAUUUUGCCCCUGGCGGUCAUGAUUGUGUGCUACACGAGGAUUAUCAGGAUCCUGCUCCGGCAGCCCAAUGAGAAGAAGGCCAAGUCCGUCCGUCUGAUUUUUGUCAUCAUGCUCGCCUUCUUUCUCUUUUGGACGCCCUUCAAUCUGACUGUGUUUGUGUCUGCUUUCCAAAACACCAUCUUGUCCAGUCAGUGUAAGCAGAGCAAACAGCUGUACUUGGCCAUACAGGUGACGGAGAUGAUCGCCUACUCGCACUGCUGCAUCAACCCCAUCAUCUACGUCUUCAUCGGCCAGAGGUUCCGCAAGUACCUGCGCCAGCUCUUCCAACGGCUCCUGUCCAUGCCCCUGGGGAAGUGGCAGCCCUUCCUCCGCACCAAUAGGCAGGAGAGGGCCAGCUCCAUGCCCCCCUUCAUGAGGGAGCAGGAGCUCUCUAACGGGUUGUGACUCAGCCCCUGGCAAGAGUGGCCUGCCAGGCACACUGGCGGGAGAGGAGACCACUCAGAUUCCGACCCCUGGCUCAGCGCGGAGCGGGCACCGCCCGGGGGUGAGGUGGUCUACACGAAAUCACUUCCGUGGCUGGAGUCUUCUCCGUACACUUCUCCCUGGAGAUGAAUGAGUGAACUGGGACAUUCCAGAAGACGGGACAAAGGGUGAUGGCGAAGGUCUUGCGCCCAAACAAGGUUGCAGGUUUGUGAACGUCAACAUUUGGAAACAAAGUCCCUGAGCAACCCCCUCCUGUCUCCUCCCCCACCACCGAUGAAUUUGGAAAUGGUGAUCUCCACAGUACACUUGCCCCACUAACAGCUGCUGCCACUCCCUACCCCCCACAUAAUCCCCGAUUGCAGGGUUUCGGCUCUUGGAAACCUUGAGGAACAAGGGACUCAUGACCAUGAGACCUAAUGGGAAAUAGGAAUAGGAAACUGCUGUUGCCCUGGAACUUCCCUUAGAGAAAAUUCUUGUAUUCACCAAAACCAAACCACGCAGGUAGUGGGCUAGACAAAGACCGUGCGUAUAAUGUGUGGUACUUCUGGCAACAGCCACAGAAGGAAGGGAAUCGUCACUCCCAUGACCAUGCCUUUCUUUCUGAGCAUUUUCACAAUCUCCCUUCCCUGUCAGUCGGGCGAUGCAGCAGGAAACGGCUUUAUUGCCGACAUGACCCAGGGGCCAAAGGACACGGGUUGAUUUUCUUCCUCUGGGUCUCUGGUUCGAUGGACCAGAGCUCUGCCCACCACCUCGCAUCCAUCCUCAGAAAACUGACCGGUGUGCCCGCUGACGGCAUCUGAGGCUGGAACAGAGGAGCAGACCAGGCGGGUGGGCUGGGGACUCUGCCUUGAUGUAGGGGGUGGAGAAAGCCCUUCCCCCAAAGAAACGUAUUUUCCCUCAAUGUCCCUAACACUUCACCUCCCAGCAAGGACCUCCUAUUUCUCAUGUCUCUGUUCCCUUGUUCCUCAGACUUAGAUUUCCUUAAAACUCCAUUUCCUAGUAGCAAAAACUAUUUCUAAAAAUGCUUAACACAAAGGGAACAAACCCAGACAUCAAGAUCACCCAUAAGCCCCACUACCCAAAGGCAGCCACUGUAUAUGUUCGAUGUGCUUUCUUUCAGCUUGUUUCUUCUCUUGGUGCAUGUUGAUGACUGUAACGAAGAUGGACUUUUGUACUCCCCAGCUCCCCUCUGGACUCCCUUCUGCCCUGGUUGUUUUUAAGUAGUAGGAUGUUCGAUCGCUUUUCCGGGGCAAUACAUUAUUUCAAAGCAUUGUUCUUGGUGUCUGCGCUGAAUUCCAUGGCAGGAAUGCACUCGAAUGGACUCAUGACGCCAUUGUCACUUGCACAAAUCAAUUCAAUCACACAUGGCGACUGAGGACCAGCUCCUGUCAAAGCAAACCCUGGGAGACACAGCUAUACACAAAAACACUUCAGUUGUUUGGAUCUAGCCACUUCACAAGGGGAGCAGUCCAGUAUUUGCUUUGGCCUCAGGGCACUGAGGAAAAAGCUCUGAGACACGAAGGGCUCCGUGAACUGGAAAGUCUGGGCCCCGGUAUAGAAAUGGCACUGUGUGCAUUGUGGGAGCUGGCCAGCGAGUGUGCACAGGCUGCUGCCUGGCCUCUGACCUCGGGAGGAAAGUCUCCACAGGUCAGCCACAUGGGCAGUCAGGAAGAAAAGCUAGGUGUGGACAGCAGCAAAGACAAAGUGGAACCUAUCAGGACAAACUGCAACCCCCACGGACAAUUAGACCUCACGAGGACGAAGUGUGUGGACAGUGACCUGCUCCGAAGUUGCCCUUCCCCUUGGUGACACACAGGCACCUGGCCCAGGACUCAGGAGCAGCAGGGACCAGUUGCUGCAGGUCCAGGUGCUGCCCAGCUCCCACAAGAGGAGCCAGUGGGUGGACAGCAGUGUGUGGAAGCCACCACAGGGCCUGGUGAAACAGUCUCACUUCUUCUUUGCAAAUGACACACGAAUUAUCUCUCCUGGCAGACACUCACCUGGUCCUCUACAGGCAAGGGAUUCUGGGAAAUGUCAGUCCAGAUGCACUAAACUGACACUGGACAAAGCCACCAGAAGGGCGAUGCUCUUUUUCACCUGUGCGUUCUUUCAGGACUAGCCAUUAUUUUUAUUUUUUAUUUUUUAAAGAUUUUAUUUAUUUAUUUUUAGAGAGAGAAGGGAGGGAGAAAGAUAGAGAGAGAAACAUCAAUGUGCGGUUGCUGGGGGCCGUGGCCUGCAACCCAGGCAUGUGCCCUGACUGGGAAUGGAACCUGCGACAGUUUGGUUCACAGCCCGCGCUCAGUCCACUGAGCUACACCAGCCAGGAGGACUAGCCAUUAUUUUUAAACAAACACAUCAGAAGAAAAACUGCUCUUUCUGGGAAGAAAGAAAAAAGGGAAAG